AUGGCUUCCAAGCUUAAGCAAUGUGGAAUGCUGUUUACUGCAUUGCUUGUGGUGGGAGUAAUAGUUGUUUGUGAGGGCAGAAGUCUUAAGACAAUGGUAUAUCAAACGGAUAACUUCGGUGGGGGCGGAGGGUUUGGUGGCGGUGGCGGAGUCGGAGGAGGCCUCGGUGGUGGUGCUGGAGGAGGCUUUGGUGGGGGAGCUGGUGGCGGAGCUGGAGGAGGCUUCGGUGGUGGUGUUGGAGGAGGAUUUGGUGGAGGAGCUGAUGGGGGAGCUGGAGGAGGUACUGGAGGAGGCGUUGGCGGUGGCUUUGGUGGAGGCGCAGGAGGAGGCGCAGGAGGAGGAGCUGGUGCAGGCGGCGGCUUCGGCGGUGGAGCUGGUGGAGGCGGAGGAUUUUAA